AUGAAGUAUGGUCACAGCCACCCGGCCAUAUCCCUGUUCGACGGAACAGCCCAUGAUGGUGUUGAACCAAGCCAUGCUACACACACAAUGGCCCAUUUGCUGCGUGGUAAACAAGCCGGCAUAAGCCACGACCUUUCGGCGGGUAUUGCCCCUGAUCUCUUCGUACUCGAUCAUAUUCGCAACUAUGGCAUCAACUCCAAAAUCACCCAGGUUGCAUAUGACCCAGUACAGGCUCUGAUUGCUAUCGGUACGAGCGAAAGCAAGUAUGGCCCUGGUCAAAUCUACGUCUUCGGACAGAGCAGAGUCGAAGUGGUGCUACGACUUCCGCACCCUGCAUCAGUCAAGAUACUGCAGUUUUGCGCGGAGAAGCUGCUUUGCGUAGACUCGCGGAACGAUCUAAGCGUCUUCUCCUUGGAAACCAAAAAGCUCAUCAACGCACAUUCCCCGCCAGCCAAGAUCACAGCACUUCAUUCGGACCCCACGAUCGAUUAUGCGCUUCUAGGAACCCAGCAUGGCGAGGUUUUCGCAUAUGACUUGGACAGAGAGGCACUUACGCCGUUCAAGAUUCCAAAUCUAUGGCGGGAAAAGUACCCUCGAUCACGACUGACCACCGUCGUCACCUUGUCAUUUCAUCCACGUGACAUUGGAUCUCUACUGAUUGGAUACAAUUCUGGCGCCGUGCUCUUCUCCUUCAAGCAAAACAAAGCACUGCUUUUCUUCAAUUACGUCGUUCCCAGGGGAGCCCCCGGCGGCGACUCAGACCCCGGCGCUGCGAUGACAGAACGGGAGCCUCCGCUGACUCAGGCUGUAUGGCAUCCGACUGGCACCUUUGUCCUCACUGGACACGAAGAUGGAAGUAUAGUCAUCUGGGACACCAAGGAUGGCAGAAUCGUUCAAGCAAGGACGUUGCAGGAUACUAACGUCAACAAACCUGGUCCUGGAAGCUUUAGUCCAGGCGCCGUCGAAGGCUCAUUUUCGGUCAAGUCACCGAUAUUCAAGAUUGCCUGGUGUGCAAACCAGGAUCCUGACGACACUGCAAUUCUGAUAGCUGGCGGUCAGCCGUCCAAUAUUUCACCCAAAAGCCUGACCCUCUUCGAGCUCGGGCGUACGCCCAUCUACAACACGUCCUCUUGGCAAGUGCUUUCUGACCACUUUGAAAAUCCCAAAAGACAACGGAUACUGCCCUGUCCACCUGGUACUGAAGUCAUAGAUCUGUUCUUGAUACCUCGAUCUUCACCACACUACGCUGGUUGUCACGACCCAAUAGCUAUCAUUUCGCUACUGGCGUCUGGUGAACUCAUCACACUAUCCUUCCCGAGUGGCAUACCAAUCACUCCUACUAACCAGCUACAUUUAUCCAUGACCCUAGUCCAUCCUUACAUACAACAUGCAAGUCUUGCCCCUGUGGAGCGCACAAAGUGGCUAGGUAUGACGGAAAAGCGACAACACGGUCCGCAAUUUCUUACCGGCGGCGCUGAAGCGAUUUACCCUCUCAAGAGAUUCGAGCACCGUAACGUUGUGCAGACGGCACACGCAGAUGGCACAGUGCGGCUAUGGGAUGCUGGACACGCAGACGAAAUCGAGAAUCCUACACUGCUUCAGGUUGACGUAGCACGAGCUGUAGGUAGGCGAGAAGGGAUUCAGAUCACCAAGACAUCUUUCGCUGGUGCUGCGUCUGAGUUAUCUGUAGGACUUCAAUCCGGUGAAGUUGCGGUUUUCCGGUGGAACGUGAACAAACAGCCUGGACAAGACAUUUCACCUGGCGAGAACCAACCCCAAGCACUCACCAACAUCACCGACAGAGCUGAAGCUGCUUUGAAGGAGGGCAUGUUGCCCCUUACACUGCUAGACGAAGGCAAUGGACCAGUCACCGCGCUCAAGCACUCGGAUGUUGGGUUUGUGGCGGCCGGUUUUGAAGGCGGCAGCUUGACUAUCAUCGAUCUAAGAGGUCCAGCAAUUAUAUACAAGAGCGCUAUCGCGGAUUUUGCGAAGUCUGAUAAAAGAGGUAGUUUCCGACGCAGUGCGAAUACUGGUGCAACGAAGCCAGAAUGGCCAACCUGCAUCGAGUUCAGUGUCAUGACGCUCGAGGAUGAACAGUACUCCAGCAUUUUAUGUCAUGUUGGAACAAAUCUCGGGCACCUUGCGACUUUCAAGCUGCUGCCAGAGUCUAGUGGUCGUUUUGGGGUCUCCUUUGCAGGUGUAAGCAAGCUCGACGAUCAGGUCAUCAGCAUCAAUCCCAUCUACGCGGAGACUGGUCAUCCAGCAUAUGCCACACAAUCCGCCGUGGCAGGGCUACGUAACGGAUCCAAGAUCAAUGGUGUGUUGCUGGCAGUGACCGCGUCAGGGGCCAGAUUGUUCCGGCCAGCCAACAGCAAAGGUGCGCACAAGACUUGGGACCAAUUUUUAUGUGAUUCAGCGACUGUCGUGCGAUAUGACGAUAUGGGCUAUGCACUUCUUGGUCUGUACGGCGAUGGGUGUGCGCGCGCGUAUUCCAUUCCAGCUCUCAAGGAGAUUGGAUCCAUCAAAGUCAGCGACAUCCUCGACGUACGGCGAUUCUCCGAAGCGGUGAUUACAAGCACUGGCGACAUCUUCGGCUGGAAAGGCCCAGCUGAACUGGCUUUGAUCAAUGUGUUCGGUACAGGCGUGCAAUAUGACCCGACACAUGACAUGCUCCUCAAUCCGUCUCUCCUGAUUCCUCCACGCCCCACGAUCAGUAACAUUCAAUGGAUAUCUGGAACCCAAUACGUAACUCCAGCAGAUAUGGACCUUCUCAUCGGCGGCCCCGACCGCCCCCUUUCUAAACGACAGCAAGCCCAGUCGCGGAAUGAAGCCGAACUCGCCCGCCGCGCGGCUGCCAGAUCCGCGAACCCCCACGCCUCAUCGAGCAACGCAUACCCCUCGUACCCUACCGCGCCGCAAACGCAAGAAGGCUGGGGCGCGUGGGCGACUCGGCAGUUCAAUGAGAGGACGGAAAAGCUGACGCAGGUUGGGGAUAGCAUGGAAAGUUUACAAGCAAAUAGUGCGGGUUGGGCGGAUGAUGUGAAUAAGUAUGUGCAGAAGCAGAAGCGCGGGUUGGUUACGAGCAUGGUGAAGAUUAUGAAGUAUGACUCAAAUGUCCCAGACUGA